AUGAUGAAAAAGGCCUGGCUAGAUGACAUAAUAGCACAAUAUUUGAAAAUAUCAGUUUUUGAUGAGGACACAGUUGAAGUCGUUGCUGAGGAAGUAAAAAGCUUGCACCAGAAGAAUGAAGCUAGAUACCAAUGCAGAGCCCCAGGUAGUGAUCAUGACUAUGCAUUUCAUUCAGGGCGUGUCAGGUUUGAAUAUUAUGUCAUCUAAUCAGAAAAUGUAUGGUUUUCAGAAAAUAUAUAUUUAACAUUUCUCUACUAUUAUAUUUCAGACAUGAGAUUGAAGUUCACCCAGGACUUGAAAUUUAAGAUACUCACUCCUCUGAGUUAAUGGAUAGUGAGGGAUAUUAUAGGUGCAGAAGUGGAUGUGGGUUUGUCUAUAAGACCAAGGCAACAAGAAACAUGUCAUACAUUACAAUCUAACUUUAUGUUAUGUGUACAUGCAUGCACCAGAAUACAUACAAGCAAUGUUCGGGCAUACAUUAGUGGGCAUUGCGCUCUAGUAGUUAACAGAUAUUUAAUAGCAGACAGCCAGGUUAACCUAAUAUAAACACCCACAUCUUCCCCAUGCAAUUAGACUAUGAGCAGUUUACUUUUCUGUUUAUUUUCCAAAUGAAUGAAAAUAAAUGGACUGCUGCAUUUGGUGACAAGUAACCAAAUCAUUCCCUUAAACAAACAAACAAACAAACAAACAAACAAACAAACAAACAAACAAACAAACAAACAAACAAACAAACAAACAAACAAACAAACAAACAAACAAACAAACAAACAAACAAACAAACAAACAAACAAACAAACAAAGGUGCUAAUACUGUAUUUAUUGUGUUAUUUAACAUUUAAACAGGCAUGAGAAGAAAAAAAAGAAUGAAGAUCUUGUUAUAUCAGAUGACACCUGUUCUACAUCAAAUGAUCAAACAACAGAAGACUACAAAUACAACUAUCACAAAGCUAAGUUAACCUAUGGUCUCCUUUUGAUUUUGGAAAUGCCAUGA